GCCACUUCUACGGCAGACGUUGGAGGACGCGCAGGCAGUCGAGGAGGCCGCCUACGAGAGGGAGGCGGCCAAGCUGGACCGCACUCAGCCCGCGGAGGAGAGGCAGGAGGCUCUCUGGACCGUCCGCGAUCUGGAGCGCUCGGUGUGGCCGCAGACGCACCUCAUGCUCGCGCUGUUCAGUGGAAAGAUCGACGGCGUUUGGCGACUUAUCAUUCCAUGGCAUGGCCCUUGCAGAAUCUGGGAGGCUUGGCAGUUCACCUCCAUCAGGUCUACGGAGAUGCGUGCCCCGCCGACUUUGCCGCGAGCCACGCGGAUGUUUUCCUGGAUGAUGGAAUCCCUCGUGGGUUUGGAGGUCGCGAGGGCUCGUGACGGAGCCAGGGGCAAGCGCUCGUUCUGGCAGGCGGCCUGCCCCCCAGCAGGCCCCCAGCUGGGCAUGGCGGUCCUUGGGGCGCCGCCCAGCACUUCCGAGAGUUGGCUUGGCAUCGACUACGGUUUCAGCGUCACAGCCGUGGGCCAUUCAGCCCCUGUGCGGCCAUGCGGCCAGCUCUGCGACGAAUCCACCCAGUUCGGCACCAUGCAGCUCGGCUGCUGGCAGUGCAGCAGCAGCCCGACCUGCGCCUCAGUGCGGGACCAGCUCUCACUGCACGGCGCGGCUCCCGCUCCCACCUGUCGGAUUGCCUGCCGCCUGGAGGCCAUCGCCCCCUCGUCCGAGGCGGCGAGGCGCCUGGGGGAGGGAGGUCCGCGACGGACCCCCUGUUACGGCCUGGCGUGGGCCCUCCCCGAGCAGUACGUUUACUGGGUCGCCGAGGGCGACAACUCCGAGCUCAACGGCGCGAUGGUCUCGGAAGGGGAGCAGGGCCUCCUCGGCCCUCAACCUUGCCCCGACCCGAGCUCGGUGAUGGCAGGUUUGCGGGGGCUGCUCCGCUUCCUCAGGCACGCGACCGUCGUCGCGACAAUCAUCAUCCACAGCGACCUCGCAGACGUCUGGGCCAAGGCUGGGGCGGAUCUCAGCGCGCCGCCAGACUGGGCCCUGGCGCAGCUCAAGCAGGAACUCAAGGCCAACAAGUGCAGGCUGGAGUACAUGGGUCUUUUCAGAAAGGCCAAGCGGGACGAGCCUCGCCCUCAGCAGCCGAGCGCCAACGCGCCCUGGGCAGCCAGCCCCAAGACGGCGCCCAGGCAGCCGCACGUCUUGGGAGCUUGGCUGGGGUGCCACAAGUGCGUCAACUACGGCAAGGGGCUGCCUGCUCAGGACCCACUUUGGGCGCCAGUGGCAGCGGCCAGGGCAGCCUCGCGCAGGAUGGAGGCCCUGCCGGAUGGACCUGGGUGCAUGGGUGCACGGCCCCCCGAGCUCACCUCAGAACAGCGCCACGUGAGGUCGGUCAUUGACGACGUGGUGGCGCGGGCCUCUUUCUGGAUCGACAGGUUCGACCUGGGCGACUACACCAAUGAGUGGGGCUACCGCACGUGGUGCUCCGAGUACCUGGAAGUGUUCCUGGGCGCCGAAGCCUGGUCACACGUCCGAGAGCACCUCCUCGGGAGCAACCCUGGGCGCACGCUGCGGCAGAUCGUCGACGACCUGUGUGCCGCCACGUCAUGGACGAGGGCGGAGCCAGCUAGACAGGCACAGUUGGCCAGGAUGAGGUCCGACUCGGUCUUGACCGGCAGACAGAGACGACGGCCCCCACGGCAUCACUUCGACGUGUUGCACCAGAUCAGGGUGCGCUUCAGGAGCUUGCUGGGAGACCGCGCUCCACCCGAAACAGCCCCGUGGCAUCAGUGGGGCUCCGAGCCGCUCUCCUCGGGUUCCGACGAUCAAGGUGGAGAUGUGGCUGGUCAAGCCCAGGAGUGCGCCCGCGGCUACGACGAUGGCGGCGAGCGCGCGGUCCCCAGCGGGCGCAGUGACAGGGUGUACGUCGCAGAGGGCGCGCGGGAGGACAAGCUCGCUUGCUCCCUGGACCUGGGCGGUGCGACGGCUACGGCGGGGGCCCAGUCUGCGGCAGCGGCGGCUGCGGCGCCCCCCCCGCCUGAGCGCGGGGCGCGCGGGCCGGCGCCCUCCGCCCAGCUUGCCUGCCGCGGGCAGCCUGCACCUGUGGAGCCACGGGCGGCCUCAGCGGAGCCGCGGCCACACGCCGUCGAGAUCGUCGGCACGUUCGUGGUGUGCGUCGUGCGUGGGUCGCACUACGGCUCGGCGACCAGGGCCAUCGGCGGCCCUUGCAGGCGGCCUGACCCCGAG